AUGGAUGCGGCCGCUCGUGAGCGCACUAACGCCUCUGCCGAGGCGGCUCUCGGCUUUCGCCAACAGCUGCUGCCGCUGCUGCUGCCGCCCAGAGCUGCCUGCGGCGGCAUCCUCGCCACGCAUGGCGGAACAAAUUCAGGGCCGUCGCACUUCCGCCAAAAAAACACUGCAGGCCUGAGGCUCGAACCCGCGUCUGAUGAGAACCAGACCGACGUUGAGUAUGACGAGGCCAGCAAGACGGUGCGCAUCCCGCUGUCGGCCAUGGACGGCGGGCGGCGCACGAAGCUGGUGAUGUUCACCUGCAACAAGUGCGGCGGCCGCACCGCGCGCCUGACCAACCCUGUGGCCUGGGAGCGCGGCGCCGUCUUCUGCCAGUGCCAGCACUGCCAGGUGUGGCACACGCUCGCGGCCAGCAAGAGCGUGGUGGAGGAGGUCAGAUACGACGACCCGGAGGGCCAGCGGCGGCGGCGGCAGGAGCUGCUGGAAGCUGCGCUGCGGGAGCAGGAGGCGGAGGCGGUGGCGGCAGGUACAACGAGCGACGACUCGCUGGCGUCUGCAGACACGGCGGCUGACGCGGCAUUGGCAGGCGAUGGCGGCGGCGACAGUGCUGAAAGCGGCGAGCCCCUGGGACGGCAGCGGUGA